CCCAGUAUCGAUAUCCAUCUACUGGGACUACUGACCGCCCUGCACACGAUGCCGAGAGCUCAUACCAGGACUGUUCAACGUUCAGACGUGCACCAUUCAGCAUGCCAUGGUGCCCCUAGACGUAGCUACGAAACUCAAUAUCCGCGUAAACCUCCAACCAAGCGGCGGCACCCCGCCAUCCCCGCCUGCCACAACGGCUUGUCGCCAACGGCCGUUGCGUGACGACUGCCUGGGUGUUUGUCGUGUCCGCCACGAAAAACACGAUGCACGACAGGCUUGGAAUUUGAAUCGUUUUUUCACGCCAGUUCGGAAGGUCGGGAGCCACGUGUUGGCGUGUUGGGCCACUAUCGGAACGCGCCAGACGCGUCUGAUCACAUACGCGACCCGACACGGUCACGCCCACGCGAUCCGGGGACAGGCUAUCCCGCUAGCGCAAGCUGGGUUCCUGUGUACGUGUUCGCGGGAUCCCGCGAGGAUGGAUUUGGGCAUUUGGCGUCGGAGCGUUGGGUCGGCAGCCCUCGUGGCUGCGAUCAUUGGGCAAUCUGCUCCUCCUCGGAUACUGAACGCGGCAGAACCAAACGCAGUCGAAGCGGGGCGGCCCGGUCUACCUUCAACUCGUCCUCUAUCUGUGGUCAGCUCACCGGGGGCAUCCAGCGCUGACAAGUGGUGGGUUUGGUCCGUUUGGAAGACUUCGGUGGCUUCUGAACCCUUUGUGGCGUCGCCACACACCUAGUUCCGGUGUUCAUCUGUCCUACUACGUCGUGUCAAGGCCAUGGAAGGUGGCAAUAAAGCGUGGUGGCCCGUGCGCGGCGGUGGUCGGCGAGUGUCUUUGACGGC